UAUUUUUAUUCAGAGUAUUAAAUUAAGUGUUGCAUUUAUGAAAACAAUGCCCGUGGAAUUAAAUAGCUUAACAGAAGGGUGGUUAGAACUGGAAAGUGAUCCAGGCUUGUUUACUUUACUACUAGAAGAUUUCGGAGUUAAAGGGGUUCAAGUGGAAGAAAUAUAUGAUUUACAUAAACCUUUAGAGAGUCCAGUUUACGGAUUUAUCUUUCUGUUCCGUUGGAUUGAAGAGAGAAGAUCGCGUCGUAAGUUUGUCGAGCAAAUUGAAAGCUUCGUUCGCGAUGAAGAAACUAUUAAUAACAUCUUCUUCGCUCAACAAAUGGUGCCAAACAGCUGCGCGACGCAUGCUUUGUUAUCGAUAUUGUUGAAUUGUCCGAAUCUUCAUCUAGGGGAAACGCUUAGCAGGUUAAAGCAUCAUACACUUUGUAUGAAUCCAGAGAAUAAAGGAUGGGCAAUAGGAAAUACACCAGAACUUGCCUGUGCUCACAAUUCACAUGCUAUACCACAAGCUCGCAAAAAGACUGAUAAAAAUGCUGGUGUUUCUACUGGUCGCUUCACAGGUGAAGCCUACCACUUUGUGAGCUUUGUGCCAAUCAAUGGCUCUCUUUUUGAGUUGGACGGGUUAAAACCCUAUCCCACUGAUCAUGGCCCCUGGGCCUCAGAUGAGGAUUGGACGGACAAGUUCAGGAGGAUGAUGGCUGAAAGGCUGGGCCGAGAUGCUGGAGAACAAGUGCAUGACAUCAGAUUUAAUCUCAUGGCAGUUGUACCAGACCGAAGGAUAGCACUCACACAGAGGUUAAGUGCUCUAGAAGUCAAUCAAAAACGAGUAAAAGAGGCAAUAUCAAAGAUCGGCAAACAUUUACGACAUCUAAUUAAUAAAAACAGAGAGUUUAGUGAAGACUCAAUACCUCAAAGUAAUCACAACGAUAUGGGAAACGACAACUGUAUUCAAAUAUCGGAAGAUGCGAUCCUCAAUGCGCUCGAUGCGUCAGAAGUGUCAACGCUGGACAUAGACUUCACACAAGGCAUCACUAUAGAGAUAGGCGCAACAGACCGAGCGCACUAUGACGAUAGCCUGACCCUAGCUGAUCCCGUGGAACCGGGUGCAGCUGUAAAGUUUGUUUGUAUAAAUGGAGAGAAUCAAAUACUAUCUGAUAUUCGGCCGACGUCGACGACGGCUCUAGUGAGGAGCGACGGCUUGCCCGUGGUGCUGUGCGGCGAGGCGGGCGAGCAGCCGCCGCGCAUGCGUAAGCUGCUGUUCGCGCACGCCGAGCUGGCCGCGCUCGCGGGCGCCGUCGCGGCCGCGCUGCAGGCGUGCCAGCAGGCCCUCAACGACGAAAACGAUAAACGAGAUAUGUAUAAGGUGGACGACUGCCGGCGCACUCACAACUACGACGAGUUCAUCUGCACGUUCCUGUCCAUGCUGACGGAGCGCGGCGUGCUGGCGGAGCUGAUGGCUGCGCAGCUGGAGCGCGGGCGCUCGGCGCGCGCGAGGCGCCGCCGGCCGCGCCCUCGCCCGCGCGCGCGGCCCCGGCCCCGCCCUCGCGCUAGGAAGUAGUGGACAAGAUACUCG